AUUCAUUUUCUGAAGAAAGUUCCAGUGACGAAUUUGACGAGGAAUUACAUGAGGAAUGUUGUUUCGAAACACCUAUCAUUCCUAAACCUUCUGGGCUCAAAGAAGAAAAAAGAGAUCAACCCAUGAAGAUGUUAAAAUUGAUUGAGAAUCAGAAAUUUGACGGAUCUUGGGAGUUAACAGAGACAAUCUCAAAAAUACUCGGCAAAUCACAAAAUGAAAUAAAAACAUCUGCAACGAUACAGGAUGUCAAUGUUUGGACGACAGCUCUUGCAAUUGCAUUUUUGAGAAAGUAUUUCAUAAAUCAAAGAGAUGAAUGGGAGAUGAUCGAGGAGAAAGCGUUGAAAUGGUUGAAGACAAGAAAUGUUGAAGGCAAAGAUGUCGUACAGGAAGCAACGACUUUUUUAUCAACAUGACUUUUUUUUGUAACUUCAGUGAUAUUUCAGCCUGAUAAUAAUAUUCCUUUUGUGGACAUUUUACUACACAUAUCUUGUAUGUUACAUAUCGCUGCACUUCAUGCAAAACAAAAACUUUAUGUAAUCUUAAAAAUAUAUAUUAUCACUAGUACUGACAGUGUAAGGAUUAAAAGUUCCAGAUGGUUACUGUAAGAAUCGCUUUCGUAUAUUUAUGAUUUGGA